AUGGACAUUGAUGGACAACUUGUCCUCCUCAAUGAAGAAAAGGUGGAAUAUUUUAAAAAAGCAAUUGAAGAUAUGGCUUCUGGAAGUUUGUGUUGUGUUGCUAUUGCAUACAGACCAUGUGAAGCAGAAACUGUUCCAACUGGCGAAGAUGAGCUGGCACAAUGGGAGCUACCUGAGGGUGAUCUUGUCUUGCUGGAAAUUGUUGGUUUAAAGGAUCCAUGUCGGAAAGGUGUCAGAGAGGCUGUUGAACUGUGCGUAAAGGCUGGUGUGAAGAAUGUGGAAUUUUGGCAUCAAAUGCUGAUGCAGAAGAGCACAAUCUAA